GGGGCGGGGCGGGAUGGCGGGCGCGGGGCCGCCCGUGCCCACGUGCCUGCUGCUGGGGGCGGCGGGCGGCGGCAAGAGCCUGUUGGCCCGGCGGCUCCGCCAGCUGAGCGCCGAGGAGGGGGCUGCGGAGCUGGGCAAGCCCCCGGCCACGCUGCCCACGGUGGGCACCAACCUGACCGACCUGCGGCUGCCGCGGAAGGUGACGGUCCGGGAGCUGGGCGGCUGCAUGGGCCCCAUCUGGCCCAGCUACUACGGCGAGUGCAGCGCUGUCCUGUUCGUCGUCGACGCCGCCAACCCCACCCAGCUCUCGUCGUCCUGCGUCCAGCUGCUGUCCGUCCUCUCCGCAGCGCAGCUCGCCUCCGUGCCCGUGCUGGUCCUCUUCAAUAAGAUUGACCUGCCCUGUUACAUGUCACUGGUGGAGAUGAAGUCGCUGUUCCGCAUGCAGGACAUCGUCUCCUGCGCCACGCAGCCCGUCACGAUGCUGGAGACCAGCGCUCGCGACGGCACUGGCCUGGCCGACGUCCUGCAGUGGCUUCGGGCCACCCUUGGAGACCCCCGCUGACCCUGCCCCCCGGGCGAGUCCUGCCACUGAGCAGACGCUCUGCGUGGGGCUGGGAGCGGGGCGGCGGGCGGGGGAAGGAGCCCUGUGGGGCUUUACAGUAAAACUUCCACUGUGCUGU